GGGGCCUCCUGGGGCUUGGCAGCUGAGCAUGGCACUGGUUUUGCUAAACAAAUCCUCUGCUCCCUCCCCCUUGGACCUACUACAUCUGGAGCUCCUUCCCAGUCCACCCACAUACUAUCCCUGCUGCAAGCUGAAAGCUGCCAUGUCAGGUCUGGCUGGCCUAGGCCUCAGCCUGGCAGCUCUCCUGGGCCUCGGGAUGGGAGCCUCUUUGUGCCUGUCACGGCAACUUAGGGCAGAAGGGGACUAUGUGCUGGGUGGGCUCUUCUCACUGGGCUUAGCUGAGGAGGGCAGCCUCUACCACAGGACGCAGCCCAAUGGCAUUGUGUGCACCAGGUUCUCAUCCCUUGGCCUGUUCCUGGCAAUGGCUAUGAAAAUGGCUGUGGAAGAGAUCAACAAUGGUUCUACCCUGCUGCCCGGGCUGCACCUGGGCUAUGACCUCUUCGACACAUGCUCAGAGCCCAUGGUCACCAUGAAGCCCAGCCUCCUGUUCCUGGCCAAGGCAGGCAGCUGCAGCAUUGCCGCCUACUGCAACUACACACAGUAUCAGCCCCGCGUGCUGGCAGUCAUCGGACCCCACUCAUCAGAGCUUGCCCUCAUCACGGGCAAGUUCUUCAGCUUCUUCCUCAUGCCACAGGUGGGCCCACCUCCCUUUAUGUCUCCCCAGGCAGCCCUGCCCACAGGAUCCCCCACAUCAGAAUGUGCCUCUUGUCCACUGCAGGUCAGCUACAGUGCCAGCAUGGAUCGUCUGAGUGACCGGGAGACAUUCCCUUCCUUCUUCCGCACGGUGCCCAGUGACCGGGUGCAGCUGGAGGCCAUCGUGACACUGCUGCAGAAAUUCAGCUGGAACUGGGUGGCUGCCCUGGGUAGUGAUGAUGACUAUGGCAGGGAGGGUCUGAGCAUUUUCUCAAGCCUGGCCAGUGCGCAGGGCAUCUGCAUCGCACACGAGGGCCUGGUGCCACUGCCCCGCACUGACAGCCAGCGGCUGGGCAAGGUGAUAGAUGUGCUACACCAAGUGAACCAGAGCAAAGUGCAGGUGGUGGUGCUGUUCGCCUCUGCCCGCGCUGUCUACUCCCUCUUCAACUACAGCAUCCACCACCAUCUCUCACCCAAGGUGUGGGUGGCCAGUGAAGCUUGGCUGACCUCAGACCUGGUCGUGACACUGCCUAACGUUGCCCAGAUGGGUACUGUGCUUGGUUUUCUGCAGCGGGGUGUCCCACUGCCUGAAUUCUCCCACUAUGUGGAGACUCACCUGGCCCUGGCUGCUGACCCAGCUUUCUGUGCCUCGCUGGAUGCUAAACCAGACCUGGGGGAGGACGUGAUGGGGCCACGCUGCCCACAGUGUGACCAUGUCCUGCUGCAGAACCUGUCGACCGGGUUGCUGCAGAACUUGUCAGCCGGCCAGCUGCACCACCAGAUUUUUGCCACCUAUGCCGCUGUGUACAGCGUGGCCCAUGCCCUCCACAUCACCCUGCAAUGCAACACCUCGCACUGCAAUGCAAUGAAGACUGUGCAGCCCUGGCAGCUCCUGGAGAACAUGUACAACAUGAGUUUCCAUGUCCGAGGUCUGGAGCUACGGUUCAAUGCCAAUGGUUAUGUGGACAUGGAGUAUGACCUGAAGAUGUGGGUGUGGCAGAGCCCAACGCCUGUGUUGCACACUGUGGGGGCCUUCAAUGGCAGCCUUUGGCUGCAACUCUCACAGAUGUGGGGGCCAGGCAACCAGGUACCAGUGUCACAGUGCUCCCGCCAGUGUGGGGAUGGCCAGGUUCGCCGAGUAAAGGGCUUCCACUCCUGCUGCUAUGAUUGCGUGGACUGCAAGGCAGGCAGCUACCGGCAGAACCCAGAUGACCUUAUCUGUACCCCAUGUGAUCAGGACCAGUGGUCCCCAGAGCGGAGCACACGCUGCUUCCCCCGCAUUCCCAGGUUCCUGGCCUGGGGGGAGCCAGCUGUGCUGUUCCUACUCCUGCUGCUAGGCCUGGUGCUGGGCCUGGUGCUGACUGCCCUGGGGCUCUUCAUCUGUCACAGAGACAGCCCACUGGUUCAGGCCUCAGGAGGGCCCCUGUCCUGCUUCGGCCUGGCCUGCCUGGGCCUCUUCUGCCUCAGUGUCCUCCUGUUUCCAGGCCGGCCAGACCGGGCCAGCUGCCUGGCCCAGCAGCCACUGCUCCACCUCCCACUCACAGGGUGCCUGAGCACCCUCUUCUUGCAGGCAGCUGAGAUCUUUGUGGAGUCGGAGCUGCCGCUGAGCUGGGCAACCUGGCUGCGCAGCUGCCUGCAGGGGCCCUGGACCUGGCUGGUGGUGCUACUGGCCGUCCUGGUGGAGGCAGCACUGUGUGCCUGGUACCUGGUGGCUUUCCCACCAGAGGUGGUGACAGACUGGAGGGUACUGCCCACAGAAGCACUAGUACACUGCUACAUGCACUCCUGGGUCAGCCUGGGCCUGGUGCACAUCACCAACAUCACACUGGCUUUCCUCUGUUUCCUGGGCACCUUCCUGGUGCAGAGCCAGCCUGGCCGCUACAACCAUGCCCGGGGCCUCACCUUUGCCAUGCUGGCCUACUUCAUCACCUGGAUCUCCUUUGUGCCCCUCCUGGCCAACGUGCAGGUAAUCUACCAGCCAGCUGUACAGAUGGGUGCCAUUCUGCUCUGUGCCCUGGGCAUCCUGGCCAACUUCUACUUGCCCAAAUGCUACCUGCUUCUGUGGCAGCCGAAGCUCAAUACCUCUGAGUUCUUCCUAGGAGGGAGUCCCAGGGCUGCUGGAGAUGCAGGUGUCAGUGGGAGCAGGGAAGGGAUUCAGGGACACAACCACGACCCUGACCCAAACCAGUGACCUCACCCCCAGUGAGCCCAGUCCUAGUAGCGAUCCCUCCAUCCCAGCAACCCCUAGACUGCCCUCCACUGAGAUCCUCCAGUCCUAGGCUUUGACCCCACAGUGACCCCUAGGCCUGUAGUAUGCAGGACGGGCCCGGUGACCCCACCCACAUCCUCUCAGAGGCAGGCUCUAAACUUGACCCAAGUCUGCCCAGGUAGCAGGGACCCACUGUUCUCCAAGUUGGCCCCAGAGUGUGUCUUGGAACCCUGUGGCCACACCCUAAACUCAGGAAAGACCUGGCCAGACCCUGGAACGUCAGACAGGGUAGUACUCACCUGGUUGUGCCCAGUCUGGGGCUCCCUCCCAGCACCCGUCCAAGCAUCACAGGAAGGGAUGGCUGGGCAUGAGCAGCCAGCGGUGCAGAGGUACACUUGGGAUGAAGGGUAGCACCCACCUGUCUUUCUCCCUGGUCCUACCCUAGUUGGCCAGAGGGAAGUGUGCCACCACCAGCACCUCGGACAGGGCCCGGGCAGAGGUGGGGGUCAGCACCAUGGCUAGCGCCAGCCAAUGAGACCCCUAGAGUCAGGUGACAGGACCAAGGACAGAAAGCUUCCCAGCAUGACCCUACUGCUGGCCAGCCCAGGAAAUAGAGCCACGU